CAGUCAGGCUGGUUCAAGGGACCAACCGGUGCUCAGGCAGACUGGAGGUGAAGACCAACCAGUCGUGGUCCUCAGUGUGUGAAAAAGACUUUGACCUGCAGGAUGCAGAGGUGGUCUGCAGGGAGAUUGACUGUGGGCCUCCUUCAGUCCUCCAGGGGGCGCUCUAUGGAGAAGCAGAGGCUCCACUGGGGAGCAGAGAGUUCCUGUGUGAAGGCAGUGAGUCUGCUCUGCUGAAGUGCAGCAGCAGGAAGAGUUCAGGUAGAAACAGCUGCUCACCUGGUCAAGCUGUUGGACUCACCUGUUCAGGUCAAGACAACAUCAGGUUGGUGGGAGAGGCCAGCCGAUGUGCUGGGAGACUGGAGAUGAAACAUGAAGAAGAGUGGAGACCAGUGGAUGUUUUGGAUCAUAACUGGAACAUGAACUCAGUUGCUGCAGUUUGUGCUGCACUGGACUGUGGUUCUGCUGUUUCAGCAAGAAAUUCAAAGGAAGAUUCAGAGAGACCAGUUUGGUUGAUCAUUUCUGACUGUUUCCAGUCAGGAUCUGCAUUAAAGAACUGUUUACCUUAUGAUACAAACAGUGAUCAGAGCCAUGAGUUCAUCUGCUCAGGUCUGCUGGUUGAGCCGCUCAUCUUCCUCUCUUCCUCCACUGACGGGGUUUCCACAGGCAGAAAGCAGGGGUCUGAGCUCCUCAUUGGAUCCAGUUUCAGCAUCAUGUGCUCCAUCAGACCUCAGUAUGAAGGCGGCUCCUUCCAGCUCAUCUUCAGCACCUCUAACUACACUCAGAACCACACCCUGCCAGCUGUUAAUCACGCCGCCCUCUUCCUGUUCUCUGCUGCUGGCCACGCCCACCAAGGAACCUACCGCUGCGUUUACCACGUCUACGUUUUCUCCUAUAACUUCUCCUCUAUGAGCCAGCCUCUCAACCUCACUGUCUCAGUUUCAGCCUAUCUCACUGCUUUGAUCAUCAGACUGGUUGUCGUCCUGCUGGGUUUGCUGGGAUCAGUCCUGGUCCUCUACUUUAAGGCCAGGAGAAACCAGAAGUCUGGACCAGAGAACAACCAGUAA